AAUCAUAGACAAUUACUAUUUAUGUCCGCCAUUCAUUCUUUUGAGUUGCUUUUUCGUUUUACGAUUUAAUCCAAAAUCGCAAGGAAUUUGUCAUCAAAGCGGCAUCAGCGCGUAAUAAUACGCUUCUACAAGCAGCUGACUUGAAAAAAUCCGGGUUGUGAAGACUCGGCGCGAGCAGUGCAACAGCUCGACCGUCUGACGUGCUCCUGCCGUGAGAUCGUAUCGUACUUCCAGUGAUGCUUCCCUUUUACGUUAUCGGUCGCGACGUUCGCUUUGCGAGUGCCUGAUGGUGUGGAAACUAUGUGCGAAUAACAACUUAAGUAAUCAGAGAGAGGACUCAGUAUGGGAGCGUUUUUGAACAAGCCCGAGACUAAGAAAUAUAACGAGAAUGGGGAAGGAAACGGUCUUCGCUAUGGCGUGGCGUCGAUGCAAGGUUGGCGCGUGGAGAUGGAAGAUGCCCACCACGCGCAGUGCACUCUAAACGGGACUCUAUCAGACUGGAGCUACUUCGCGGUGUUCGACGGUCACGCGGGCGCGCGAGUGUCAGCACACUGCGCCGACAACCUGCUGGAAUGUAUCCUCCAGACGGACGAGUUUCGGCGCGAGGAGAUCGCGGAGGCGAUCCGGGCCGGUUUCCUGGAUCUAGAUAAGAAGAUGCGCGAGCUUCCCGAGCUAUCGAACGGCGAGGAGAAGUCGGGCUCCACCGCCGUGUGCGCGUUCGUGUCACCUAAACAAAUAUACAUAGCGAAUUGCGGCGAUUCACGCGCUGUGCUCGCGCGUAACGGUCAACCUAUAUUUGCUACGCGAGAUCACAAGCCAGAGCUUCCAUCUGAGAAGUCUCGCAUAGUGCAGGCUGGUGGUUCAGUAAUGAUCCAGCGUGUAAACGGGAGCUUAGCUGUUUCACGAGCAUUGGGCGAUUAUGAAUACAAGAAGGUGUUGGACCGGGGUCCAUGUGAGCAGCUUGUGUCCCCGGAGCCAGAGGUGUCGACUCAUGAGCGCUCGGAGACGGAGGAUGAGUUCUUGGUGCUGGCGUGUGACGGAGUAUGGGAUGUAAUGAGUAACGAGGCACUGUGUGCCUAUGUCCACUCGCUGCUGCAGUUGACGGACGACCUGGUGGCUGUGACCAAUCAGGUCAUCGAUACCUGUCUUUAUAAGGGCAGCAAAGACAACAUGAGCAUCGUGCUGGUGACGUUCCCCGCAGCGCCCAAGCCCAGCGCGGAGGCCCAGCGCGCCGACCGCGAGCUCGACGAGACGCUGCGGCAGCGGCUGACAGCCUUGAUCGAGAAAAGCGCCGGCAGCGAGGAGCGUGAAGACACGGCGUGCCAUUUCUCGUGGGUCCUGAAACAGCUCGCCCGGGAGAACAUCCCCGGCCUUCCCCCCGGCGGAGGCCUGGCUGCCAAGCAAUCGCUCCUGGACAAGAUAUACCGAGAGUUCUACCCGGAGCACGCGGACAGCUCCGAAACGUUCGACUGCCAGCCCGAGCUUACGGACGCGUUCGGCGCCAACUAAGCGCCCAUCUCGCAUCGACCACCCGAUUGACUGUGACCAUUUUUUUCUAGAGACUUAAUUGACGUUUCAAAAUGUGCAAAAUUGCAUUUUUUACAUUGCGAAUGCAAUUUUGCAGAUGGAUGUACCAGAAUAUAGUCUGACACAUCAUUUCCUUCACUAAAACAAGGCAGCAAUUUGGAAAAAUAAAGACGUGGGGGGAAGUUUUGAACUUCACGCCUUUUUUAGUCAUAGCAAUGGUUGGAAAGACAACAUUGGAAAUUAUUGCGGAGAGUUCAUAUUGUUAAUGACUCCUUUAAAAUACGUCAUCAUUUUACCGUCAUCCAAUAAAAUGAUGCAAUUUUAAAUUAAAAAUAUGAAAUGUGAAUUCAGUAUCUGGGAAUUCAAAAUAAACUUUAAUCAGUCAACCAAAGCCAGAAGGAUUAUAUCGCUCGUAUCCUGAAUAGACUUAUUGACAGAAUUAUUGCGUUGUCUCCAGUUGUAUGCAUAUUGUUUGAAUGCAAAUGGAGUGUGGAGUUCAAAAUUACGUAGAAUUCGUUUGUAAGUCGAUAUCGAUAAUUGAAACAUAGAUGGUUUUGUCACCGUAAUUUUUAACUCCAGCUUUUAUUUGCACGUACCGAAGUCGAUGUGUAUGAUUUAUACAUUUCUGAUUAGUCUGUUGUGAACAUGUCAAUCAAGGUAGUCGAUGCGAUUAUACUAAAUGAUUUCAAGCGGCCGAGUAAGAGUACUGUGCAGCAAAAGUCAUGUACAUUUUUCAUACUUUUGACACUCAAUUUCAGACAUUUGUUUCACAGGCCUCUCGGGCGGCUCGGUUAGACAGAAUUGCACACUAUCUCACUUCAGAACUUGUUCAUCAAAUCUAUCUAAAAGCUUAAUACCGGAAAAUUAUAUUAGCGUACCUAAUAUCGAGAUUAAAUCACUAAUGGCUACAUUUCUCUCUUGAGAAAGAUUGGAAAUUGUUGCCAUCGUUACUGACGGUUAUUGGCCCAAAAUUAUUCAGGGAUUCGAAGAUAGUGUAUGAUUUUGUUCUAUAAAUGUACAUGAAAAUCCACGCUAUCCGAAUUUCUGUUGAGAUUGUCGUUGAUUUCGCGAGCUUUGUACAAAAUCUGCAACGUGUGACCAUAGUUUAAUAGAGUUAAGAUUGUCUGUGGUAGUCUAGCGCGGCAGUCUCAACAUGGUACACAUGCUAAUAAAAACAAUAUCCAGAGACAUCGGGUCUACGAAACUGGAUAUCUAUGGUCACCAAGCAUCUAAAAGACAAGGAGUAUCUUAACAUAAUGUUUCGCUAAACUAAAAUUACUAACAUUUACACAUUUUUGAGGUUACGUAGACCUUACGUGUCUCUGGUUCUCUGUAUGUGUAACGCUAUGUAAUACUCUAGCCCUCGUCUGUUAUGGAACCGGCACCUUUGAGUCAUAGACUAAAUUAUUUUUUGUUUACUUCUAAAUGUUUAGUGUAUAAAUAGGUCUGUCGUUCGCCGUUCCAUAGCAGAUUCGUUGUUUUACCUGAAUGUAAAUGUUGAUGUGUGGCACAAAUUUCCGUUUCACCUUACCGGCGUAGGGAGCCAGCGAAACCGUUCUUAUUUUUAUUUAGUCGCGUUACGUCUUCAUUUCGUAGUUUAGUUCUCGUUUUCGUCUUACUUAUUUUCGGCCAUUCAUAAAUGUCAUAAUACUAGAUGUGUAAUAUGGAUUCGAGUAAUAUAUGCGUAUACAGCCGUUUGCACAUGAUUCUCUGUAAACCUCGUUGUUUUGUGUUGUCCGCGAUAUUGUUUACGGAAUGAUUUGGCACGACGAACUGAAUCAUUUCUUAUAACAAUAACUGUUUCAAGUUGUUUACAUUCGAAAGCCUAAAAUCUUUUAAAGAUUAAAAUAAUGUAUUAAAAUAAAUUCUCAAUGGAAACAUAAUAAACUAGCUUUUUGUAUAUAAUUUCUGUAUUUCAACUACAUAGUCAUUGUCCAAAAUAUUAAAGUCAUUUUAGGUGUUAUCUUAUGGGAUUUGGAAUUAGGGUAAUAGUGUUUGGGUUAUCUUCCACGGAGCUGUACUUCAGUUUCUAUCGUGUUAUGAAAUAAAAUUGUAGAUUUAAUUUUUGCUUUUAAAUUUUUCUUUUAUUAUGCGUCACUAGAAUGUUUUUUCCUUUUUAUUUGAUAACUUUGGAUUGCUUUGCGAAUGCUUCGUACUUAGAAAAUUACUAAUAAAGUGUAUUUGGUUACUCUUGAUGUUUAGGUAUUCACCAUGACCGUACAAAAUGUGAACUGUCAAAAAAAUGUAGAACGAGAGCCGAUGUUAAUGUAUCAUUAUAUCUGAAAAAAAAAAUCAUUAUAAUAAAUCUGUUACCAAAUUUAAAAAAAUAAAAGCGAUCUUUUUAUGACAAAGAGUUUAUUUCUUUUCCUCUUGUAAAUAAAAGAGAAAAUCGAGAAAAUACUUUUGUACCUGUUCGAGAGGUUCAUUAGAGUGUAACUAAAUAGUUUUUACGGAACAAAUUUAUAUGGGGCGGUGUCUACCGAAGCUUAGAUGCUGUACUAUCACGCUAUACUAAGAGUUGUACGCACUCGCUAACAGGUGACACGGACUAUAUCCCACUUCUGAAGUCAUAUACGCUGCUGUGUGAGAACAGUGUUCUUGGGACGAGAUUUGUCUUUUCGCUUGUUUUGAAAUGUAUUUCUUAAGGAGUGAGCCCAAUUGUUGCCUGUAAGCGAGUGCUAUAUCAAAUAUCUAGUUGGAAAACUUCCAUUAAAAUCGGUCUUUCAAACCAAAUUAGACCUUACGUACUUAUGAUUGAAAAAUAAAUUAAGAGAAUGGCAUAAUUAACGUUCGACCCAGUUUGGUUUGACGGGCUAUAAUAGUUAUUGAGUAACAUAGCGCGUAACAGCGAGCAUCUUGUGUCCUAGUGUAUUAACUACAAGAUAAUUAUUGGUGGUAGCAAAAAGCUGUGAUCAAUGUUUUAUUGGCUCAUAAUUUUGUAUUCCGGUUAUGUUAUGUCAUUAACUGUUAGGUCCACAGACCUAGAGGGGUUAGGCGACGCAAGUAUUUCGUACUUUAUACAUAAUAAUUCUAGAUUUGUGUACAUUCAAAUUGGAUCCUUAUUAUUAUACAGCAGUAAGUAUAAAUUCAAAUAUCUAACAUAGCGCCUAUUUAUUAAAAGCGGGUACUUGCGUCUCGUAGUCGCUUUAUAAUGUGGUUAGUUAAUAGCCAAAUUGCUAGGUCUAUGAGAUCAGGAAUAAAAUUUUUGCUUCCAUCAAAAAUAUACUUGUUUUAACUUACCUGUCCCGAUCCAAUGUUCUAGGAAAUAUAUUUAUUUUAAUUUUUUUAACAUUUUCACUUAUGAAAAAGGGUGGUAAACCGAGAAUAACAUAGUGCUAUUUAGGUUAACAUAACUUUUUUUUUCUUGUGAAUAAGACCAAAUAUUGGUUUCAUCGGAAUGAAUGUUAUGUCCAUGAUAACCAGGAUUCCGUACCUUAAUGUAAAAAAAACAUUAUUUACACAAAAACUAGAUGCAUUUGUAAAUACGGCAAAGUACAAUUAUAGUCUUGUCUUGGGAAAGUUAUUUCGGUUCUUAUGUACCAGAGUAAUAUUUUCUUUUUUUUUUAGGUACGGAACCCUCACAUGAACGAAGUUCACGUUUGAUAGUUUUUCUUUUUAUUUUAAUUAUAAUUUGGCUUUCUGUCGAAAGUCUUACGGAUUGUCUCGUUAGAACCUAGUAGACGCUUGAUCAAUAAUAAAAUAUGUACCUACAUUUA